AUGAACUUCAGCAGAGAGGUGGCCCGACAGACCAGUUGUUACACAUAUGUGAUAGAGGAUGAGGACCCAGCCCUGGCAAGACUAAAUGUGUUUGAGUUGACUGAGAAGGGUGACCGGGCUCUCCUGGAGAACCUGGUGAGGAAGAGCCCAGAGGUCCUGAGUGAGAAAGAUGAAUGUGGAGCUAGUCCCCUUCAUCACGCCGCCGCAGGGGACCACGUCACCCUCAUCCAAUUCAUCACCACUGUCAUAGACUCACAGGAUCUGAACAGCUGUGAUGAGCAGGGCAACGUGCCCCUCCACUGGGCAGUGGAGAGGAACAAGGCAGAGAGCUGCAGGGCUCUUCUGGACCUGGGGGCCGACCCGAACAUCCUCAACACAUGCCUCCUGUCCCCGCUGCAUCUGGCUGUCAGCCAUGGACACAACAACCUGGUGGAGCUGCUGCUGUCCUACAGUGCUACAGACUGCAAUCUACAGGGAGACCUUGGGAACACCCCCAUGAUACUCGCCUGCUCCAUCAAUAACUGCGAUGCUCUUGGCAUAUUGCUGAAGCACGGAGCACGGCUCUGCCUACAGAACAAGCUGGGCCAUUUCCCCGUGCACGCAGCCGCCUUCGCAGGGGCAAAGAAAGCCAUGGAAGUGAUCCUGAAGGCCGGAGAGAAGUUCGGCCACCAAAUUGAAGCUCACAUCAACUAUUUAGACAAGUCCAAGAGCAGUCCGCUCCAUCUGGCUGUGCGUGGCGGGAAUAUUGAAACCAUCGGUCUCUGCAUUGCAACUGGGGCUAAAGUUGACCAGCAACAGAAUGACAGGUCCACACCACUUCAUUUGGCCUGCACCCAGGGUGCCAUUGAGGUAGUCAAACUGAUGCUGUCAUCCUUUCACCAAGUGGAAGACAUCAUCAACCUGACUGAUGGGGCGUGCCAGACUCCUCUGCACAGGGCCACUAUAUUUGACCACACAGAGCUGGCAGAAUACCUAAUUUCUUUGGGUGCAAAUGUUAACAGCACUGAUUGUAAAGGAAACUCACCCUUGCUGUUGGCUACGAGCUGUGGAGCAUGGAGAACUGUGGCUCUGCUGCUGUCAAGAGGGGCAAAUGUAAACGCGACAGACAGAUGCGGUUGUAACUUCCUUCACCUGGCCAUUCUGCAGCCCAAGGGUCUGAAAAACCUCCCAGAAGAAGUGCUGCAGCAUAGCAACGUGAAGGCACUGCUGAGCUGUGAGGAUAGUGAGGGCUGCACCCCACUCCACUACGCUUGCAGACUGGGUAUCCAUGACUCAGUGAAGAACAUGCUGGGCCUCUCGGGGCAGGUCGGCCUCGAAUGCAAGUCGAAGGACAAGAAGUCUGCCCUGCACUUUGCUGCUCAGUAUGGGCGCCUCAAUACAUGUCAGCGGUUACUGGAGACCAUCAAAGACUCUCGUCUGCUAAACGAAGGGGACGAGCGAGGCCUGACACCGCUCCAUUUGGCUUCAAGAGAGGGGCACACCAAGGUGGUACAGCUGUUACUGCGCAAGGGAGCUCUCUUUCACAGUGAUUACAAGGGCUGGACUUGUCUGCACCACGCUGCAUCUGAAGGAUACACACAAACUAUGGACAUUCUCCUGUCAGCCAAUCUCAAGUUACUGGAUAAAACAGAUGAAGAUGGGAACACUGCACUCCACAUCGCAGCAAGAGAGGGACAUGUGGCUGCAGUCAGGCUCAUGCUGGCUCGGGGAGCAGAGCUGACUUUAAACAAGAAUGAAACUUCGUUCCUCCAUGAAGCUCUGCAGAAUGGGAGAAAAGAUGUGGUUAAUGCUAUAAUUGACAGCGACAGAUCUGCUGAGGCUUUGAGCCUGUUCAUACCCGGCUCUAGCCAGCGAUGUCCCAUCCUAGACAUGAUUGAGUUUCUGCCUGAGACCUACAAGCACCUAUUGGACUGCUGUGUGAAGGAAUCUGAUGAUGAUCACAAUAGUCCUGACUAUCAUAUUAUGUACAAUUUCUCAUGGCUCCAAGCUCCUAUUGAAACUAGAAAGUUAUCUGAGAACCUGAACAUAAGGGUUCCGCCGCUAGCUGCGCUCAACGCGAUGGUGAAAUACAACCGCAUUGAACUCCUCAACCACCCAGUCUGCAAAAAGUACCUUGCAAUGAAGUGGGUUGCAUAUGGGAGCGUGGCUCAUGUGCUCAACAUGAUGAUGUACCUGCUUGGCCUGCUGCCCCUCACUCACCUGAUAGUGAGCCUGAGGCCCAGUAUGAACACCACUGACACGGGCGAGGACAUAGUCAUCAUGAAGCAUAUAUCUUUCGUAGAGCAAAGCCUGCUCUUGUCCAUCUGUAUGGUAAUGGUCUUGGUCAUGAACAUCUACGCAAUAAUAAAGGAAUUGGUGCAACUAUCACAACAGCGCUGGAAUUAUUUCAAGGAUUAUUCCAACCAGACUGACUGGCUUUCAGCAGUCUUCUCUCUUCUGUUCAUCAUUCCCACCAUGCUCAACACAGAGGGUUCUCUUCACUGGCAAGCAGGAGCAUAUGCAGUUUUACACUCAUGGAUUGGGUUUCUCCUUUAUCUCCAGAGGUUUGAAGGCAGUGGCAUCUAUGUCGUGAUGUUCUGGGAGAUCAUGAGGACUCUGGGUCGUAUCGUGAUGCUUUUCGUGUACCUGUUGUUCGCAUUUGGUUUGGCAUUCCAUGCUCUAAUGCUCAACCAGAAAGAGUUUGAAACCGUGCCACUUUCAGUGAUGCAAACCUUUGUGAUGAUGGUCGGCGAACUGAACUACCAAAAUAACUUCCUGGAAGCCUAUUUGAAGGGUGGACUUCCUUUUGACCUCCUGACCUACUUAAUUUUUGUGAGCUUUGUUCUGCUUAUGCCAAUACUGCUGGUCAACCUGAUGAUCGGUUUAGCAGUCGGGGACAUUGCUGAAGUACAGAGAAAUGCUGCACUGAAACGAAUAGGCAUGCAGAUUGAGCUCCACACAGCUCUGGAAGACAAGCUGCCUUAUUGGUUUGUGAAACGCGUCGACAAACACUCCCUCACCAUCUACCCCAAUCGCAAGUGCUCCAGGAGCUACAUUAGACAAAUGAUCACAGGUGUGGAGGAUUCAAAUGAUGCCUGGAGUCGUCGGCAAGUCAAAUCAAAGCACUGCACUUUCCUAGAGGAUGAGCUGGUAAAGCAGAAGCGCAGGAUGAAGGACAUGUCGAGCAUGAUGGAGAAGCAGCACAACCUUCUGAAGCUCGUCAUCCAGAAGAUGGAGAUCACUUCAGAGGCGGACGAGUCCGAUGGCCCCGAGAACGUCCGAGGCAACAUGUGGCACACAUUGAGACAGGCCAAGCCAAAAGCACGCAGCGUGUCACGGUGGGACCCGCUAAUCAAGGCCAUCGAGUCCAAGAAGCCCAAGUGAGGAGGAGGAGACAAAUGUCUUAACAUAGCAAAUUUUAGCAAGUAUACAUAACAUUGCAU